GCCAAUCACAUGACGCUGUGUUUGAGGUCUGCUCCCCACCACCCGCAGCCUCGCCGCACUAAGGUAGGUUGCUUCGCUCAACCAUGGAACCUGGAAUACAACACAACCAUCGAUCAUCCUCCAUCUUCCACUCGCCUCGCAGACGGUAGCGCACCGACUGCGCACCAACCGCAGCCAUGGCGCCGAUCAACCCCGACCUGCAAAGCACCCAGGAGGACAUCAAGAACGUCAUCCAAGAUCUCUUCCAGAUCCUGGCGCAGGUCGCCAACUACGACUCGACCAGCCGGCCCUCGCGCGAAGCGCUGGCCCAGGACAUAAUCGCGCUCUCUUCCUCCCUCGCACAAACGCACCGGGCGGCGACGCUCCUGGGCCCCGCGCGCGCCGACAAGGCGGUGCCGGAGCCGCUGGUGCAGUACGUCGAGAACGGGCGGAACCCGGACAUCUACACGCGCGAGUUCGUCGAGCUGGUGCGCCGCAUGAACCAGCUCGCGCGCGGCAAGAUGCACGCCUUCCGCGCCUUCCGUGACGUGCUGGCCGCCGAGAUCGCGCUGCAGAUGCCCGAGGUCGAUGCCGACGUCAGGAGGGUGCUGGAGGGGACUGGUGGUGGUGGUGGGAGUAGUAAUGACGGUGGUGGGGAGCAAGAAGGGGCCGCUGCAGGAGGAGGUGGAGGUGGAGGUGGCGGUGUGGAGGUGGUUAAGCAGCAACAACAACAACAAUAGCAAUGAUGGCAACGGGCGGAGGAAUGCGGCGAGACACAUUGUGCUUCUGCGGGAUCGGUUUAGGUCACUGGCGUCAACGGGUCUAUACUUCAUGGCUUGGGUCGGGUCGGGAAAGACUGGGAACAGCAUGGUCGGGCAUGGCUGGGCGUUCUGGCGUUUUGAGAGGGGCAGCAUCCCAUUUCACCCCUGUGGUAGAUCGAUAUGGCCACUUGAUUCUUGUUUUCUUCAGAUGCCAUGAGGGAGAACACAAAGAAACAGACAUCCGUCAAUGCCGACAUGAGCUGGACAACACCGCAUUGUCGCAGAUGGAAGUCAAGAAUGACAUAUAAUUUUGACUGCCAACGCCUCCACAUCAUGCUGCAAACCCGACCCUCGCCGCCA